CAGCCGCGGAAGCGCAAGGAGCGGCGGGAGAAGGACCCCAAGGCGCCGAAGUCCGCGACCUCCGCCUACAUGUACUUCUCGAAGCACCACCGCCUGCUGCUCAAGCGGGAGAACAGCGACCUGACCUUCGGCGACCUCGGCAAGACCGUCGGCGCCAUGUGGAAGGCGGCGACGCCGCAGGAGAAGAAGCCCUUCGAGGACCUCGCCGCGGCGGACCGGACGCGGUACAACUCGGAGCUCUCCGAGUAC